UCGUGGCAUGAGAGCAGACUGAAGAAGAGACGAGACGACGAAGAGGGUAGGAAGCUCCUGCUUUGACGCGAUCAGCGCACCGUCUAUAAGACCUCCCGCCACCCAAGCUCCCAGCUGUCCGAUCAGUCACCUCCUCUUCCGGCCUCCCGCCGCCGUUGCCGAAUUCUUCUUCUUUUAUGCCGCUCCGCUGCCGCUCCUACUUUUGCCUUGCAUGUCCACCGCCGCGGCGCCGCCGUCACUCUCCCUGCACCGCCCAGCGGUGACCGCCACCAGCACCAGAGUAGCCGCCGCGCCGCCGCCGAGCAACGCCGCGCACCUCGCCAGCCUCGACAAGCUCUUCCGCAACCGCGGCGGCGUCGAGAGCGCGGCCUCGCCCGCCGUCGCCGCUGCCGCACCGCAGAGGAGGCAGCAGCCGCUGCUGCGGCUCCCGUCCUUCUUCACGCGGACCGGGGCGAGGGGCCAGGAGCCGGCGCCCACGCUGUCGCCGCGCCGGCUCGAGCGCCUGCUCCAGCCCGUGGCGCCCGACGGGCCGUCGCCGCGCGGGGACAUCGCGGCGGCGUGGCGCCGCCUGCACGGCGAGGACGGCUGGCGCGGCCUGCUCGACCCGCUGCACCCGGACCUGCGCCGCGAGAUCGUGCGCUACGGCGAGUUCGUCGACGCCGCCUACGGCGCCUUCCUGUCCCGCCCCGACGCCGAGCCGGGCCGCCGCGCGCGCGUCCCGCUCCAGGACGCCGCGUACCGCGUCACCGCGCCGCUCUUCGCCACCUCCUCCGUCGGCCUCCCCACCUGGCUGGCCGCCGCCGCGCCGUGCGCCGGGCAGCGGACCAGUCUCGUCGGCUACGUCGCCGUCUGCGACAGCCCCGCCGAGAUCCGGCGGAUGGGCCGCCGCGACAUCGUCGUCGCGCUCCGCGGCACCUGCACCGUCCUCGAGUGGGCCGAGAACGUGCGCGCCGGCCUCGUCCCGGCCACCCACUGUGACACCGCCGCCGCCACCGCACCGGACACAUCCAACGCCAAGGUCGAAUGCGGCUUCUGGAACCUGUACAAGACCGCCGGCGACCGCUCCGCGAGCCUGUCGGAGAUGGUCGUGUCCGAGGUGCGGAGGCUUCUCGACAUGUACAAGGGCGAGGAGGUGAGCAUCACGGUCACCGGGCACAGCCUAGGCGCCGCCCUGGCCGUGCUCAUCGCGGACGAGCUCUCCGGCGGCAUCGCCGGCCGCGCGGGGGCGCCGGUGGCGGUGUUCUCGUUCGGCGGGCCGCGGGUGGGCAACCGCGCGUUCGCGGCGCGCGUGGAGGCCCGUGGCGCGCGCGUGCUCCGCGUCGUCAACGCGCACGACGUCGUGCCGCGCUUCCCGCCCGGCCUCCCGCUCCCGGGCUACGCCGACGUCGGCCGCGAGCUGCGCCUCGACAGCCGCGCGUCGCCGUACCUCCGGCCGGACGCCGACGCCGCGUGCUGCCACGACCUGGAGGCGUACAUCCACCUCGUCGACGGCUUCCUCGGCUCGCAUUGCCCGUUCCGGGACAACGCCAAGCGCAGCAUCCUGCGCCUCGUCAAGAACCAGGGCGGCAACGUCAAGCAGCUCUACAUGAGCAAGGCCAAGGACAUGCGCAUCCAGCUCGACGGCGGCGGCGCCGCCGACAUGGCCGGGUCUAUGCUUGGUCGCGUCGACAUGCCUGGCGCGGCGAGCACCGUGGUGGAGUGUGUGCACUGACGGACGGCCGCAACCGCAACUGCAACGGCGGUGCGAGCUGGUGUGGACUCGCGUACGUCGGCGCCCAAAAAGAAUUGUUUGGUCAACAGAUAACGAGGGUUGACUUGGGGGGAUUUUUUCAAUUUUUUUUGGUAUUUGGUCUCAACUUAACUUUUUACCAAGUACAAAGUGUUGUUGUUGGUUGGUGGAUCCGUGGACAUACCAAACAAUAGAAGUGGCAGGUACAUGAAAAAAAAACAUUGUAUAGAUGAACCUUAACUGAUUAGUUGAUUAAUACUAAUGGUGUUACAUCAUCUUAUAUCUUACAUGGUUGUGAAGCCACGCAUGGGCAUAUCUAAGCAUAUACU